AGCUAAUGAGUUGCAAAAUGGCCGCUGCUGUGCUGUUUUCCAGGCUGCAUUGCAAAGUGUUUUUGCUACUUUUCCUUUGUUCAGGAGCUUCACUCUUCAUUGGUGUAGACUCUAGAUCAUUCACCAUCGACUAUGACAGCAAUUCAUUCUCAAAAGAUGGACAGCCAUUCAGGUACAUAUCAGGUAGCAUGCAUUACAGCCGUGUUCCCUCUUAUUAUUGGAGAGACAGACUCUCAAAGAUGUACUAUGCUGGCCUCAAUGCUGUCCAGACCUAUGUUCCAUGGAACUUUCACGAGCCAUUUCCAGGAGUUUAUAACUUUGAAGGAGACCACGAUCUAGUUGGAUUUCUCAAAACAGCACAAGAUGUUGGUCUAUUGGUCAUACUACGUGCUGGCCCUUACAUCUGUGGAGAGUGGGAGAUGGGGGGAUUCCCCAGUUGGACUCUCAGGAACCAACCGCCCCCAACUCUACGUAGCUCCGAUCCAAGUUACCUUUCACUCGUUGAUGCAUGGAUGGGUAAACUCCUUCCACUCGUUAAACCUCUCUUGUAUGAAAACGGAGGUCCCAUCAUCACUGUGCAGGUUGAAAAUGAAUACGGCAGUUUCUAUACUUGUGAUCAGAAAUACAUGAAUCACUUAGAGUCAACUUUCCGUCAGUAUCUAGGACCUAACGUGGUCCUAUUCACAACUGAUGGUGCUGGGGAUGGAUACCUAAAGUGUGGUACUAUACCAUCUCUUUAUGCAACUGUUGAUUUUGGAGCUACUGAUAAUCCGGAAGGAUAUUUUGCCUUCCAACGCAAGUAUGAGCCAAAAGGUCCAUUGGUUAAUUCAGAGUUUUAUACAGGCUGGCUUGAUCACUGGGGCCAGGCUCAUCAGACGAGAAAUGGAGAUCAAAUUGCUUCUUCUCUUGAUAAGAUUCUUGCCCUCAAUGCUUCCGUGAACAUGUACAUGUUUGAAGGGGGUACCAAUUUUGGAUUUUGGAACGGGGCCAAUUGUGGUGGACAGUCAUACCAACCUCAACCAACAUCCUAUGAUUAUGAUGCUCCUCUAAACGAGAGAGGAGAAAUGACAGACAAGUUCGGCCUGUUACGCUCGGUCAUUAAAAAAUAUCAUCCAGUUCCUUCAAUUCCGCCUAUAGAAUCUGAUGUAUCUGUGUAUGGGGAUAAGUCUGGACACAUUUAUUAUGAUGAGUAUGCUGAUUUAUUUGAGAGUCUCAAAGUGCUAGGUACUAAACAGACAACGGCCGACCGACCGCUAACCUUUGAAGACAUGGAACAGGACUUUGGUUUCAUACUCUACACUCCAGUUGAUGACAUAACCCUCUCAUCCUCUGAUCAAGUCACACUAACAAUUGAUGAGCUACACGAUAGGGCAACCAUAUACUGGAAUAGGCAACUAGUCGGGACUCUCCUUCGUUCUGCAGGACUUACAAAGAAUAUGAGUGUGUCUUUCAAUGCAACCUCCAGCAAAGGAUCUCUUGCUAUUUUGGUAGAGAACAUGGGACGUGUGAAUUAUGGCUCUUACAUUGCUGACAAGAAGGGAAUCUUAAAUGGCGUCUAUUUGAAUGGAGUUGAAGUACUUCAUUGGACGACUACCUCAUUGCCACUUAAUAAUACAAAUGAGUUGCAAUUUACCCAGGUUGGUAGCACUACCCCUCCUACUUCAGCAGUAUUUUAUAAAGCAUCAUUCACUAUUGAUGGCUCUACUCUUAAUGAUACAUAUCUUCUGACUGACCAAUGGACAAAAGGUGUUGCAAUUGUUAAUGAUUUUAACCUUGGUCGCUACUGGCCAGUGAAGGGACCUCAAAAGACCCUGUAUGUACCUGCUUCUGUACUUAAGAAAGGAACAAAUGGGGUUGUGCUAUUUGAGGUUGAUUCAGCUCCUAAUAAAGGCUCAACUCAAUUUGUGGAUAAGCCUGAUUUAGGCUUGUCAGUGACGCGAGCCUUUGAAGCUGAGGUCAGGUGGUGAGUGGUGCUGAUAAUUGCUAUGUCUAUGCUGUUUGUAUUGUCUUAGGACUAUAUUUAUAAACCAAUGUUUGCUCUAACUUGUCUCUGAUUUGUUUUUAAUUUAAUUAAAGUUGAUAACGUCAAAACAA